AUGCUGUCCAAUAACCCCCCAACCAACCAGCUUCAUGCCCGUCACAGAGCGCACCGACGCCAAAAUUCGACACCGACGGCAUUCGAAGGAGUGAAGAUCCAGCCAUUGCCUCAAAAUGUCCAGCGUCAACGAGCCCUCGGCCACCGCCGAGGCCUCAGCCUGGACACAAGACGGCAGGACUUUGCUACGCAUGUACUGCGAGAAGCGCAGCAGCAACGCAUCCAAGCACGCCCGGGCCCCCGCCAGCAAGCACACCUUCGACAACACUCACAACAGCAAAUUCACCCACACCACCAAAUGUUCAUGGCCGCCGGCGACCAUGAAACCUACAUCAUGUCCCCCCAUGGUACACCCCACACCCAGCGCUUCAACCCCUCAUGCUUCGAAUCGUCUCCCAUACAGUAUAACCAGUACGGCAGCCAGAUGAACGACAUGAUGGCCAAGAACCACCAGGACUACGCCGGUACCAUGGGAGGCAACAAGGACUUUGAGCUCUUUGCCUCUGACAGCGCCCUCUCGACCCCUUCCUUCAUGAACUUUAGUGACGCCCCCGGAACCCCCCAGGGUUGGAUCUCCGAGGACGAAACUGCCAGCACGAGGCGCUCCUCGAGGAGGAUCAGUAAUGGCAUCAUGGACCGGGUUAACAAGUUCGAGACGAUGGGCAUGGAGAUGCAAAGACCAAUGACGCCACCUGACCAGGAUGCAACAAGUAUGUCAGUUCCGAUGCUAUUACCGCCGCCCACUCGCUUACACGAACCAGACUACUUCCCCCCUACCCCGAUGGAGACGCCCCACGGCAGGGCUGUGAAGCACGAGCCCAUGUCUGCAAGGCCGGCUCGCUUCACCGACGGCUACGAUGAGUCGAUGGAGGAGACGCUGAAGCCCAUCAGACGGACGAACCAACGUGCCCAAAACAUCUUUGAGGAGCUGCGGAGACAGUCUGAGGAGAACGUCGUGCCCGGACCCCAGCAACCCGCUCAGAUGGCCGAUGGUCUGUACGACCACGUGGUCCCCACGCCGGAUUUCAUGAACAUGAAUAACUUCAACAAUGAGUUCAUGAAGAUCCAGGGCGGCUACGACGGCCUCUCAGACGAUGUCCAGGUCCCCGGCAACAUGUCCCAGCAAUCGACUCCUCACACGCCUCUCAUGAACUUUCACAGCGCAUUCGACACCAGGCCCGAUCUCCAUCAUCCCAACAUGACCAUCGGCUCUUCCUCUCCUAGCAGAUCAUUCGACGACUCCUGCCGCUCUUCGCCUCACCGUCGCACCCAGUCCCUCGCCAGUAUUGCCAGCGCCGCCAGCAUUGCGAGCAUCAACAUCGAGGAAACCAAGACUGAGACUGGCGUCACCAUCGAUGAGAUCGCAAUGUACAUCACAGGACCUGAUCCCAACGACGGCAAGUGGACUUGCGUGUACGAGGACUGUGGCAAGAAAUUCGGACGCAAGGAAAACAUCAAGUCCCACGUUCAGACACAUCUCAACGACCGACAAUACCAGUGCCCUACUUGCAAGAAGUGCUUCGUUCGCCAGCACGACCUGAAGCGCCACGCAAAGAUUCACACUGGCAUCAAGCCCUAUCCCUGCGAAUGCGGCAACAGCUUUGCCCGCCACGACGCUCUUACCCGCCAUCGUCAGCGCGGCAUGUGCAUUGGAGCAUUCGAUGGCAUCGUCAAGAAAGUCGUCAAGCGUGGUCGCCCCCGCAAGCACCGCCCCGAGAUGGACGAGCGCGUCAACAAGUCGGCUCGCACAAGGACCAAGAACAAGUCCACCACUUCCUGUUCGUCGCAAUCCGGCUACUCUGACAGCUCCGCGGCCAACUCACCGGAAAACGACUUCAACAUGAUGUCGGAUGACCACUUCGAAUUGGGCGGCAUGAGCAUCGAGCGACCAGGAAUCGACGAUAUGCCCCUUCAAAUCACCACGGUGUCAUCCGCCCCCAUGCCUUCGUCGCCCCCCCGGAUUCACAGGGAAUUGCGUGAAAUGCAUCUGGAACCAUCUCCGGCCGCGAGCCACAAUUCCGGAUACGUAUCGCCCGAGGCCCUCAUGGAGGCGCCGACCUCGUUGCCCCAGCAACCCGAGUCGCCAGCCAAGAGCGAGUACAACACGCCGCCGGAACUUUCCCAGUCUUCGUCCCCGCCACCCAAUCAGUUUUUUGACGCCGAGCCUAACACCACUGGCUUCAACGACGAUUCGUUGCUCGCUGGAAUGAGAGGCAAUGCCGGCUCCGUCGGUAACACUAGCAUCUCAAGCCUGGGUCUGGGCGAUGCCGACGACGAACUCCUCAUGAAAGCUUUCACGACCGAGGAGGGAAUGGCCCAGUUCGAUCGCGACCCAAGCAUGCUCAUGAUGAGCAAGUUUGACGAGGAAUUUGACGACGCAGUCGGCAUGUUCACGCACAACGACGACGUCUUCUUCGGUAGCUCAUAA